AUGAGAUCAACAUCUGCUCCACCAAACUACAACCACAAUGAUACUAUGGCAAUACAAAGUGUGGAUAUCAUUGAGCUAGCUCCCGCUGAACAGGGCAUGAAAUUGUCAGUGGAAAAUGAAAUCAACAGUAACCAUAUAGACAUGGAGUCAGCACAAGCAACACUAAAAGAAGCAGAACAAGAAGGACAGGAGGAAGACUCGAAAAGAAAUGUAUCCAAUACAAAUACAUUGUCUAGUAUCAUUUGCGUUGUGGCAGGCACAGGCAUACUCGCCAUUGCACAUGCUCUCAGCCAGUCUGGCUGGAUAGGUUUGGUUUACCUCAUAGCGAGUGCCUGUAUGUCACACUUUACGGGCAUCAUAUUGAUCAAAUGCCUCUAUGCAGAAAAAUGUCAAGGCGGUGGUAGAUUGAAAGAUUAUGCAGACAUUGGGUUUGCUGCUUUUGGCAAAUCUGGACAAGUCAUUGGAUGGGUGUUUUCCCAGGCCUUCUUGUUCUUGACACCUACCAUUUAUAUGAUAUUAGCAAGUGAGAAUAUCUCUGAUAUACUAGCACAGAAUGGAUUUAUAUGGUUAGGAAGAACAGCGUGUAUUUGGCUUAUUGCUAUUAUCAUUGGUGUACCGUUUAUAUUGGUAAGGAACAUGAAGGAUGUUUCAUUUCUAAGUACCUUUGCUUCACUGUGCACCGUAUGUCUAUUACUGGUCGUAUGCGUGGUCUCCAUGUCCUCUGACUAUACGGAAAAGAUCCACACUGUGCACCACGACAUGGCUAUACCCAAAAACAUUCCAAUUGCAUUUAGUACAUUUAGUUUUUCCUAUUGCGGGCAUGUCAUAUAUCCUCAUCUAGAAGCAUCGAUGAUCACGCCCAAGCGAUGGUCCAAGGUGCUGCUGGUAUCGACCUGUGUGAUUAGCAUCAUGUACUUUACAAUGGGCCUUGUAUGCUACCUCGUCUUUGGAGAUCAUGUUCAAUCACCCAUCUACAAGAGCCUGCCUGUAGGAUCAUCACAGAACAUUGCCAUGUUUGUCAUUACAGUCCAUGUUAUUCUCGUCAUUCCGUUCUAUCUGUAUGUGUUUACAACGAGGAUCGAGUCAUGGCUCAAAAUAGAAAAGCAGCAGGAGAAUGCGACUAGCAAAAUCAUGCGAACUUCGCUACGUAUUGGCCAGGUUGUUGUUUGUGGGAUUCUCGCCAUGUUUAUACCGUAUUUCUCUGACUUCAUGGCAUUGGUUGGAACUAUCUUAUCAGAUACCUUAUCUUUCGUGUUACCUUCCAUAUUCUGGUUAAAAUUGAACUGGUAUCGUAGCCACAAGACAGACUAUGAAGCCAUUGUUUGUUUCAUAGUCGCUAUGGUAGGUGUCUUUUGUGCCACUUUCGGAACCAUUGAUGCAGCUAAACAGCUCUACCACGAUUAUGUAAGGUAG